AAAUUCAUUGCACUAUUAGAUCGAAUCAUCAAAUUAGAUCCGCCAUUGAUCUAAAUUGUUUGGUUUCAUAUCUCAUUUCUUCGCUUUAAUCUUUCAUCUCCAUUCUAUUUCGGAGGAUUUCUUUGUUUUUCCUGUUUAGCUUUUGCGGCAUACAGAAAUCAAAAUGCUUUGCAGAACUUGUUUGUUGGUUUUCCUUUAGUUGAUUGUGGUCAUCUGAAGAAAUCUGGUUUAUGAAUCACUGAGAUCGAAGCGGAGAAUGAGUCAUUUUUCAGGGGAUUUCAGGAGGCCUGAAUCAGCUAAAAGUAGAUUAAAAGAUUUAUUGCUUCAAAAAGAUAAUCAACUUUGUGCAGAUUGUGGUGCUCCUGAUCCUAAAUGGGCCUCUGCAAAUAUUGGUGUAUUUGUAUGCUUAAAAUGUAGUGGUGUACACAGAAACCUUGGAACACAUAUAUCAAAGGUCUUAUCAAUAACAUUGGAUGAAUGGUCUGAUGAUGAGAUCGAUGCCAUGAUGGAGGUUGGAGGAAAUGGUUUUGCUAAUUCAAUAUAUGAGGCUUUUAUUCCUGAUGGAUAUACAAAGCCUGGACCGAGUGCUAGCCAUGAGGAGCGUUCAAAGUUCAUAAAGUCCAAAUAUGAACUUCAAGAAUUUUUAAAACCUAGCUUGCGAAUUAUACCCAAUAACUCUUCAAAGACUCCUGAGGAGCCAAGUUGUUUUCAGAACUCUUCAAAGAAAUCACCACAGGAAGGCAUGGUUGAAUUUAUGGGACUACUGAAAGUUAAGGUGAUUAAAGGCACAAACUUAGCUGUGAGAGAUAUGAAAUCCAGUGAUCCUUUCAUUACCGUGACUCUUGGGCAACAGACUGCGAAAACAACUGUGAAAAAGAAAAACUUGAAUCCAGUUUGGAACGAGGAACUCAUGCUGUCGGUUCCUCAAGAAUAUGGUCCCUUAGAGUUGAAAGUGUUCGAUCUCGACACUGUUUCAUCUAAUGACUCGAUGGGUGAAGCAGAAAUCGACCUCCAGCCAAUGUUAACAUCAGCAAUGGCAUUUGGAGAUGCUGAAAUAUAUGGGGAUAUGCAGAUAGGAAAAUGGUUGAAAUCAGACGACAACGCCCUUAUCGACGACAGUGCUGUCAAUAUCGUGGAUGGGAAGGUGAAACAAGAGGUGUCGCUCAAGCUCGGAAACGUAGAAUCAGGUGAAGUGUACUUGGAACUAGAGUGGAUGCCUCUUGAUCAGUAGUCACACAUAUUAUUGGAAGAAGAGUGUGAGUUUCAUUUUGUUAUUGCUUAUGAAAUGCCUCAUUCUGUUCAAGUUCUUACCGUACUACUAAAAUAGGUGUUAUUCAUAUUGCAAUGAACUAAACUUUGAACCUUGUUUGUACGUAUGGCCUAGUAACUUCGUAUAAUCUCUUCGAACC